GGAGUUUCUGAGUUAGUACUUCACAUCUUACAUUGGAAUAUUGGUUAAAAUAAAAUGAGUGCUAUCCGGAAAUCUAUGGGCUUCCUGCCUAGGAAAGCUUUAUGGAACUAUUCAUCAGUUCAACAGUAUUCAGUGCCAUUUGGGCGCAAUCUUUGCCAUUCAUCUCGUCCAGCUCCAGAAGCAAUUUGGCCGUCAAAGAGAACACAACCACUUGUUACAGUUUCUCGACACUUUCACAAAUCACCGCAAAGGUUAUCAAAACGCAUUAAAAUGCCAAAGCUUGAGGGUGAAGAACGUCAAAAGCAGCUUGAACCACUUUUCAAGGCUGGUUGGACCAUGGUUCAGGGCCGAGAUGCCAUCUAUAAGGAAUACUUAUUCAAGAACUUCAACGAGGCAUUCAGUUUCAUGACCAGAGUGGCACUUUUGGCUGAGAAAAUGGAUCACCAUCCUGAAUGGUUCAAUGUCUACAAUAAAGUCCAAGUCACAAUGUCUACCCACGAUGUCUCCGGAUUAAGUAGUAAGGAUGUACGAGUAGCAAAUUUUAUGGAGGAAAUUUUUAAGACCUACCAGUAAAUCCGGCUCUUCAGCAUCAAUGAAUUUUGGGUCCAAAAUGGCACUAAAAGUGACAAUAAAAGAAUUCUCACACUCCAAAA